AUGUCGACUACGUCCGCGCCGACCGCUACUCCCUCCUUUGAGCCUGGUGGGUUCGUCCCCGGCCCAGACGGUUUGGUUGAGCUCCAGAUGCUGGGGGCCACCCUUGGAUGUAUCGCAUAUGGCGUCGUUGUCAUGCUCUUCAUCGACUGUGUCCGGCUCAUGGUCGAGAAAUAUUCCCACUCGAAAUUCCGACAGCGAGUAUUCCUGGGUUACAUCGCCAUUAUGUUUAUAAUUAGCUCGUUUUUCUUAAUAUCGAGCAUGACAACCCUACGGAAGACGCUUUUUCAAACCGGUUAUGUCGAGAAUCGCGGGCCCUAUGGGUUUCCGUUGAUAUUUGUCCCUCUCUCGCUGUGGGGAGCAGACGCGUUCAGGGUAUGGCGUUGUGUCUGCCUCUACAAGGGCAUCCAGCUUCCGCGUCAAAUCGCACUCACAAUCCUGCUCAUAUUCCUCGCUGUUACUUUACUCGGUUCCGGCCUUGCAGUAAUGGUCGUGAUGUACACAAACCCCCACUUCCUUUCCUCGGCGUUCCGACUUGCGCAACUUCCAGCAGCUGUACUUGCGCUGACGUCAGCAACGUUGAACAUCUCGUUGGGUGCCUUGAUCGCUCUUCGCCUAAUUUGGCAUCGGAGGCGCACUCAACGCGCGCUUGGCGCAAGCUACGGUUCGCCAUAUACAAAAUUCGUAUCAAUCUGCGUCGAAUCAUGCUUGCUCAUCGUCGUCGUCAACUUCGCAUUCGCGGGUCUCAUCUUCAGUAACCCGAUGGCGUCCUGGGUACCCGAGCAACUGAUCGUUCAUAUCUCCGUGAUUUCCCCCUUCCUCGUGCUUCGGCGCGUGGCUCAGGGAAUCGACGCAAUUACCACGCUGCAUAGGCCACAAGGUGACAGCACCAAUUGCAACAUAUCGUAUGAUGUCAAAUCCUUUGAACGAAAGCCGACUUCCAUUAUGCGAUUCACCGAAACGGUCACCGACGUUGAGUUGAAUAGCUCUCCCAAGGAAGACAAAUUCCCCGACCCCAAGUAA